AGGAAAUUAGCAUAAACAAACACCAAUAAUGAAAAAACAAAAAUAGGGUGGGGUUCCAAAUUCCAAAACCCUUCUAAUAACCCAACUCAAAUUCUAUUGCAGUUUUUGUUAUCCUUUCUAGCUUCAACAGAGGCUGGUCACUCAACCAUUAUUGUUUCAAUUAUGGCUCAACCAAGUGGUUGAUACCGUGUUGUUUCUGCAGAUUCAAUGGUCCCUUGAACCUUGAAAACAUGAGAGUAAUAAGCUUUUCUGCUGGCAUAACAAAACCCAGUUUUUUGAUUGGCCAAACAGAAAUGCCUAUUCUAACAUUUGGUCAUUCUAAGUUGAGUGCAACCCUAGCACUUAGGUUGCCAUGUAACUGCAUUAAGAGAAUGGGGUUGAUUACAAGGCUUCAGUAUUCUGUUGCUGAUAGAACAUUGACUUCUAGCUCUGUGGAUUCGCGUGUGUCUAAAACAACGGAUUCCGGUAGAAUCAAUCGGAGGCGUGGUGGGUCCUCAUCGCUGUAUAGUCGUCCUAGUUUAUCAGAAAUGAAGAAAGAGAAGGAGGCAAUAAGGGAAAAGGUUUAUGAGUUCCUUAGGGGAAUUGGCAUUGUUCCUGAUGAGCUUGAUGGGCUUGACCUUCCUGUGACAGUUGAUGUUAUGAGGGAGCGCGUGGAUUUUCUUCACAGUUUGGGGCUUACAAUUGAUGACAUAAACAACUAUCCACUUGUUCUUGGCUGCAGCGUCAAGAAGAACAUGAUUCCUGUGCUUGAUUACCUCGGUAAAUUGGGAGUCAGGAAAUCCACAAUCACGCGGUUCUUGCAGCGAUACCCACAAGUGCUCCAUGCUAGUGUGGUUGUGGAUCUUGCACCAGUGAUCAAGUAUCUUAAGGGGAUGGAUAUCAAGCCUGAUGAUAUUCCUCGUGUUCUUGAGAGGUACCCUGAAGUGUUAGGAUUUAAACUUGAGGGAACCAUGAGCACAUCAGUUGCCUACUUGGUUGGAAUUGGUGUAGGAAGAAGAGAAAUUGGAGGUGUCUUAACUAGAUACCCAGAGAUUUUGGGGAUGCGAGUUGGUAGAAUCAUCAAGCCUUUUGUUGAAUAUCUGGAAAGCUUGGGAAUUCCAAGGUUAGCCAUUGCUAGACUGAUAGAGCAACGACCUUAUAUUAUUGGAUUUAGGCUGGAUGAGAAGGUUAAGUCAAAUGUCAAAUCCCUUGAAGAGUUUAAUGUUAGGCAAACAUCACUUCCAUCUAUAAUCGCUCAGUAUCCUGACAUCAUUGGAACUGACUUAAAGCCUAAACUUGUCAAUCAGAGAAGUUUACUCAAUUCUGUACUUGAUUUGGAUCCAGAGGAUUUUGGCAGAGUUGUUGAGAAGAUGCCACAGGUAGUUAACCUCAGCAGUGAACCUAUGCUGAAGCAUGUUGAUUUUCUUAAGGGCUGUGGAUUUUCCUUGCAGCAAAUGAGGCAGAUGAUUGUUGGAUGCCCUCAAUUACUUGCUUUAAACAUUGACAUCAUGAAACUUAGCUUUGAUUACUUCCAAAUGGAGAUGAAAAGGCCUUUGGAAGACUUGGUUACUUUCCCAGCAUUUUUCACUUAUGGUCUGGAGUCAACUAUAAAACCUAGGCAUAAACUGGUUGACAAGAAAGGAUUGAAGUGUUCUCUGUCAUGGAUGCUUAAUUGUUCUAAUGAGAAAUUUGAUCAACGAAUGGACUAUGAUACUAUUGACAUGGAAGAGAUGGAAAUGGAACCAUCCUUUGACAUGAAUUCACUGAUUCAACCAAGGAGUGAUGAAUCAGAUUCUGAUUAUGAAGAUAGUGAUGAGGAUAAUGAGUAGAAUGAUUAUAUUGCUUUGAUAACUAGUCCUCGUGGGAGAAUUUUUAUCUUCUUUUGAUGACCUAUAGCUGGUAGUUUCUAUGCUGUGUCAUUAGAAAGGUAAAUUAUUAUGUGAAUACAGGUGAAACAUUUUCAAGUGUUUGUAUCCAAAUUUGACACCUGUUUAUGUGAUAUGAUAUUGAGUUUACUAUUCUUUUGUUUUAAGAAUUCACCUCCUAUGGGUUUCUAUUCACUCUUAUACAAGUAGAGCUACUGAUCUCCUCAUCAACCAUAAUAUUGUAGCACAAAAAUUCUAUGGAUUUUUGAAUUGCUUAACUCAAUGAAUAAGCUUUGACAAUAUGAGAGUGUUUAUGUUCUUUUUAGCAAUCACUUUUUCGGAUUAUAAUAAUAAUCAUCAUCAUCAUUAUUGUCGUAGUUGUUGUUGUUGUCAUUAUUAUUACUAUUAAAAUAGCUUUUCAGCUAAAAGCUCUUAUGUAUCAUUUUGAUUAUAAGAUUUUUCAGAUGUAAAAUCAGUUGAACCAAACUCGGAAAGUCAUUCCAUUUUACUUGCUCUUUCUCCUCUUACACUGUUCACCUUCAUUUUGUAUAUUUUUUAUGCUCAUUGUAGUUUUUUCAUGUUUGCAUUUUGAAAAAUAUUUAUAGAAAGGAUGAAGACCAGUUCCAUGGUUUUUGCAUGUAAUAAUGUUACUGAGCUUAAAAUGAAUGAAAUCUCAGUAUGUCGCCCAUCUGUCCAUGUAUGUUAACUUGGAAAGGAAGAAUGAGAAAUUUCAUAAGCCAAGUUCAUUGUUUAUGGUCAUGCACGGGUAUGUUUUGUUGAGUUUAGGCAUGUAAGCUCAUGAUGUAGUCAUUGAACUUUCCCACUUUGAUAUUUACAUUUGAUAUUUUUAUGUUUUUAUUUUAUUUUAUUUUAUUUUAUCUUGCAAAUGUUAUCAUGUAGUAAACAUGAUUGUUUCAUUUUCUUUGCCAAUCAUCACCCUUUCCUACUGUCUGGUAGCUUAUUUCCUUCUUUUCGUUUUAUGCUUGAAUUGUAAUAUGCAUCACAUUUCUAUUCUGGCCUUCAGCUAGCCCUGAUAUAACAAGGACCACAGUGACAUGUUCUGCUCCUGGAAACCAGCUUAGAGAUAUGUUUGAAUGGUGAAGGGGGUACUUGAUGUCUAAGAAUAGAAAGCAUAGUACUUGAGUUUUAUUCCUUUCUCUUGGUGCUUGUUAUUAGUUUGUUAUUUUUUGUUGACAGAAAAGGCCCUGCUAAGCUUAGAGGUUGGCAUUAUCUUAUUCUUCUUUAAUGUGCUUUUGUACUUUUAUGUGUAAACAAAUUUAUCUUGUUUCUUCCAUGCUAUUACUAAUAAGGGAACCUGGAGUCCCUCUUGAAUUUGGUUGAAAAGGGGGAUGUUCAUUUAAUUACAUUUAUUUGUUAUGUGCAAACUUUUAGACUAGAUUGAUGGUCUCCUGCUGCUAUUAUAAGCCUGAUAGCAUCUCACUUAGUGUUUAGUGUGUUGGCCUGAAAAGCAAAAACAGAAAAGGGAAAGAAAAUGUAAAGUAGGAAUGGUAAAGGCAAGUUAAAGUUAACACUAAGCCUAUAUGACUAUAUAUUGCAUUACUAAAUUGUUGGUAUGCAGUCUAAAUGUCAAAAGCUCCAUUUCCAAUUAACCACAUGACCUUUUAUUGCUCUACAAUUGGUUCACUAAGGCCUUCGACAGCCUCAUGCUACCUUUUUCUACUACAAUAUCUGCUAUGCUCAAACUAAUGUAUUACGUAAUACUUAGGUAGGGUGACAACUGACCACAAACACAAGCAUUAGGGGCUGGAGGUAGAAUGCAUUUUUAUAUCUAGAGUUAGGGACUCACUUUCUGACAUAUCCACACACAUUUUGCAUCAUAUAUCAUUAACCAAAUGUUGGACAUUUAUAAUUCGUUAAGUAGUUAAUUAUAAGUAAAUUAUUGGUUAAAUAGCUUUGGAGUUUAGUUAAUAGAAGUUAUGCAAUUUUGUGGUGAUUUGCGAAGAGCAGACUUAUCCUGUUAUAUAUAAAUGAUAAUCUUAAGGCUUCAUAUAAGGUACACAAGGCCAAAAUUGCUGUAUCAAACACAAGAGUCAAGAAACAAUGACUGUAAUAUAUAUUUGUAAUUAUUGAAAGGGCCAUAUUUUUCGCCUAAAAGGCAAUAGCUAGUUGUGUUAUACAAUAAUGUAAAUGCAAGUUAGUCCCAAUAUAGAUGAGGAGAGUUGGAUGUUUUUGCACGAAUAACCCCUUGGUUUGCACAACAGUUCUCUCGACAAAACCCUAGCUAAGUUGUUGACCAAAUGUUCAUGGACAGUUGGCAUGGUGGUUGAGUUUGCUUGCGUGUGAGAGAGUGUUGUAUGCUAUCUCUUUGCAUUGUUCUCACCUUGUUUCUUAUGCUGGCCAAGGAUUUGGGUGUUCAGUGAGGGUAUGUUGAUGGUGUGAUGCAUUUUUUAUAUCCAGUAGUGAUGAAUCUGGGUGAAGGAAAUCCGCAUUGAUGAAAUCAAUUCAUUUAGCCUUUAACAUACAGAAUUACAAGUUAGUAGAUAAUUACGCCUUUUAUCAUAGCUCGUAAUGUAUUUUUAUCUAGCAUAGGUUCAAAGUGCAAGCUGGGGUUUUGUAGAUUUUAGAUAAGCAUAUUUUGUGAAUGUAACUUCAAACAGGUGUUGAUAGACAUUGCUUGGAGUGUGUAAUGGUUUCCAUUAAAGAUGGUACGGUUGCUUAUGUCCUUGUAACAUUUUGUAAUGUUUGAUAUAUUUUGAUAUAGUUUUUAUCAAAAUAUAGUUAGUGUCUGCCUGAACUUUGUAAUUGACAAUUAAUUACUCACCUCCAAAACCUAGUUAUUCUUUCUAUGAAUAUGGCACGUAAUG